CGAGAACGACAACCGGCCCCACUUCCAGGGGGCCACUGUGCUCACCCACAACGUCAGCGAGCUGGCUCCGGUGCACUCGGUGGUGUUCAGCGCCCAGGCCGAGGACGCGGACGGGGACACGCGCUCAUGUACGUCAUCGAGCCGGCCUCGCCCGACGCCCGCUUCUUCCGCAUCGACCUCCCGAACAGCGGCCGCGUGGUGCUGGCGCGGGCCCUCGACUUCGAGAGCCGGCGGCACCUCGAGGUGGUCGUGACCGCCGUGGAGAUGAACACCCGGGAGCGGUUCAACGCCUCGGCGCGGGUGCGGGUCAAUGUGCUGGACGGGGAUGACCAGUACCCCCAGUUCCUGCCCUGCACCCCCCGCGCCCCCCACGGCCCCCCGGUCUGCACCAGCCCCGUGUACACCGCCAACGUCACCGAGGGACAGCUCCAGGGCGGUCCCCUGAGCUUCAGCCCCGGCGCCGUCUAUGCCGAGGACGGGGACAGGGGGCUGCGGGCGGCCAUCACCUACUCCCUGCUGGCAGGUCAGGAGAGCAGCAGGUUCCACAUCGACAACGUCACCGGGGCCAUCACGCUGCUGCGGGCGGUGGAGAGCAGCCGGCAGACCCCCGAGAUCUGCCUCAGCGUCAUGGCCUCGCAGGUGAACGACCCCUCCAAGUACGCGGUGGCGCGGGCGCUGGUGCGGGUGCUGGCCCCGAACCGGCACCCGCCGCGCUUCCCCCGCGCCCGCUACCGCGCGUUCGUGCCCGCGGCCCCGCGCCGCGCCGCCCUGCUGCUCACCUUCGGCGGGCAGGUGCUCGCCCUGCGCGCACACGACCCCGACUUCCCCGAGGGGCUGAAUCCCCAGGUGCGCUACACCCUGGGCCACGGCACCAACCAGAGCCAGCAGCUGUUCCAGGUGAUGCCCAACGGGCUCCUGGUGGCCCAGGCGGAUCAGCUGCAGCCCGGGCAGAGCUACAGCCUGCAGGUGCUGGCGCGGGAUGAGGAGUCGGGCGAGACCUCGAACACGACGGUGGAGCUGGAGGUGCUGUGGCCCGGGCAGGCAGCCCCGCGGGACCCGUCGGAGCCGGCGGCCGGGCGGGGGGUGCCGGCGGGGGCGCUGGCGGGGGGCGCGGGGGCGCUGCUCCUGCUCGGGGCGCUGCUCCUGCUGGCGCUCCUGGCGCUGCGGGCCCGGCGGCGGCGGCGGCGGCAGCAGCGCACGGCGGACCGGGCGGCGCUCGCCAUCGAGAAGCACCCCAACGUGAGCCUGAGGUGGUUCCAGCCGGUGCAGGCCGGCAAGUCCCCCCCGAGCCCCCCCCGGCUCUACUACCCCAACGAGGGCUACAGCGAGGUGGCCCCGGGGAGGUGCCGGGGGCCCGCGGAGGGCGGGGGCAGCCCCGAGGCCGGGGGGCGGCGGCGGGGGGCGCCGGGGGCGCUGCCCGCGCUGGAGGAGCUGAGCGAGGAGAGCCUGGAGGAGGCGGCGGGCGGCGACCCCCGAGCGGCGCCCCCGCUGCUGCAGCUGCUCGAGGACUCCAUCGAGUGCUGA